ACUAAAUUAUUAACCACUAGUACAGCAAAAAAAUAUACAAUGUUGUGUUGGUGGUUUUUUUGUUGUUUGUUAACAUUCAUUUUGCGUUUCCUCCUGCGUAUAAAUAACAUGUUUUUUUGUGUUUGCGUUUGUGUGUGUGUGUGUUUACGGGGGAGAGUAGUGGAGGGAAAUUCGAAGCGGAAGUAUUUCUAUAAUUACAACCAUCUGUUUUAUUGGUAAACAAAAACAAAAUUAUUUCAUAAAAACAUAGGAAUUUUUUUUGUAUUAUCUCAUUUACUGAAUCAUCGUUUCUAUCGGGAAACAUCUUAUAUUGGCAAAUACCGCUGUCAUUGAGAAUUGAAGAAUUCAUUCGAUGGUCGAAUGACCUUCGAAAUUUCAAACACACAAUUUCAAGCAUCAUUAAAACACGAAACAAAAAAAAAAAAAACUGUGUGAAUGAAUUUGCUAAAUUUGGCCAUAAUGAUCGUAGUUGAUUAAUUAUUAGAAGAAAAACAAACAAAAAAAAAACAUAAAAGAGAUUAUCAAACGCCAUCAUCAUCAUUCUUCAUUUCAACACUGUAUUCAUCUGACAUUUGGAAUUUUGAUUUUUUUCGUUUCGUUUUUGUUUCAUAAAUCGUCCAAACAUGGGCAACAUUUUUUUUACAAGUUGAUGGACAAUUUAAUUAACAACAACAACAACAACAUGAAAAAUCCCUAGAUUAUUCUGCUUGUUUCUCGUUGUUUUUUUCUACUGAUUCUUUGCCAGGAUUUUAUGAUUAGAAAUUCAAGAUUUUUUUUUUUUUGGCUGUUUCGUUGUUCGUUUGUUGCUUAUUUGUGUGUGUGUGUGUGUGCUUGUUGCAUCAAGUAAUUUUUCAAGAUGCUGGGUGUGGUAUUUGUGUGUGUGUGUGUGAUAAAAAUAACUUUGAUGUUUUUUGUUGUUGUUGUUGUUGUUGAAAAAUAAACGCAGUAGUACGAUAAUGAUUCCAUUCUAUUCAUAAAAUGAUGGUGCCAACUAUGGUUUACUUUACACAUAAAUUAAACUGAUGAAUUAAAAAAAUUUUUUGCCAGAAAAAAAUCAAUCAAUGGCCAAACAUUGUUGUUGUCAUUUCCGAUACAUUUCUGUCUUUCUUAUCUACAAAAAAAGAAAAGAAAAAUUGAUUAAUUCAAAAUUGAUUGAUUGGAAAAACAAAGAUCAUGUAGCAUAUACACUAACAGAGACAUUUAUGACAUUGCCGUUGUUGUUGUCGUUGCUAAUUGAUGGCCAUCAUCAAUUAACAGCUAAUUAAAUUAAUUAAUCAAUCAGAAAAAACUCUUUUUUCUCUCAUAAUUUUCAUAAACAUACAAAACAUCACGACGACGAUAAAAUAUUGAUUUAAUUUUCAGCCAUCGAAUGUAUUUUCUACCAAAAUCUGCUGAAUAGAUGAUCCAUCCGGUGUAAAUCAUCAUCAUCAUCAUCAUCAUCAUGGCUCAACAAUCAUUUAUUGGCGAAAUGACCGAAAUGAUUGAUACGAAUCCAAAGGCUGUUGUUCCAAUAUCAAUAUUAGCAAUGCUAUUUGGUACAGGUUCAUGGAUUGCAUUAACCGGUUUGUGGUUAGAAAUGCCAUUAUUGUUGCAACAAUUACCAGAAGGAUGGACACUUGCAUCACAUUUAAAUAUGAUGAUACAAUUGGCAAAUAUCGGUCCAUUAUUGUAUUGGAUUAUGAAACAAAAUCGUUUUGUGAAUGACAUCUCAGCCACACAUAUACAAAUGUUGAUCGGUCUAAUUUCCUGUUUGAUGUUGAUUGGUUUCUGGCAACGAACCAUUUGUAUUUUCGGCGGUGAACAUUCAAUAUUUUUAUUAAUUUUUACGUUUGGCUUAGCUCUCGUGGAUUGUACAUCAUCCGUUACAUUUUUACCAUUUAUGGCACGUUUUGAUUCCAGUUUUAUGACACCAUAUCUUGUUGGUGAAGGUCUUAGUGGUUUCAUUCCAAGCUUGGUUGUUUUAAUUCAAGGUGUUGGUCAUACAAUAGGAUCAAUGGAUGAAGAUUCAUGUCCAACAAUAACAACAACAACAAAAUCAGCUGAAUUAUUGUUAAAUUCCCAGGAAAUUUCUAGCAAUAUUUCAUCAUCCUCAAUCCUUGAUCCAAUUGUAUCAUCAUCAUCAUCGCUACAAUUACCAUCGUUGAUUGAACCAAGAUUUUCUGUGGAAAUAUUUUUCACAUCAUUAUUCAUUACAUUAAUUAUUAGCUAUCUGGCUUUUUUAUCAUUAGAAUUCAUACCAUUUGCACGACAUGAACAACGACGUAUAAAACGUUUGCAUUUGUUUGAUAAAACAAUUAGUAAUAAUGAUGACAACAAUAACAUCAAUGAUGAACGACAACGACAACAAAAGUCAAUCAAUUUAAAUGAUGAUAAUUAUGUAGAACUAUCGCUCGAUGAUGAUGACGAUUGUAAUGAUGAAUCAUUGAAUAAUCAUCAUCAUCAUCAUAAUGAAAUGAAUUCGAAUGGAAAAACAUUCGAAAUUAAUCGUUCGAUAUAUUUCUAUCUACUUGGUCUCAUGUUUUGGAAUAGUUUCACAACAUUCGGAUUUAUGCCACCAUUACAGCCAUUUUCCGCAAUGCCAUACAGUGCCGAUACAUUACAUUAUGUCGUCAUUUUAGCAUCAAUUUCAUAUCCAGUUGGUUGUUUCUAUGGAAUGCUCGUCGAACAUCGUUCCAUACGAAUGAUUACCAUGUUAACAGUGGUGGCAACAAUUUUAGCCGUUUAUAUAUUGAUAUCAGCUUUGAUGAGUCCAUCACCACCUUUGGUUCAUAGUGAACAAUGGCAUACAAUAGCCGCAUGGAUCAUGGUUGCAAUUUGGGCCGCAUUCAUAACAAUUGCAUCAUAUGCGAAAACAAUGAUUACAUUGGUGAUUUGUGAUUAUAACCGUAUGAACGGUAUGUUUUGGGUUGGAAUGCAAACACAAUUCGGAUCGGCAAUUGGUGCUUCAAUUGCAUUUCUGUUGAUUAAUUAUACCCAUUGGUUUAAUCAAUGUUAUCAGAUUAAUUAGAUUAUUUUCAUUUUGUAAAUAUCUUCAUCGAAUGAUUGAUUAAUAUAUUUUUUUUAUUGAAUAAAAAAUUUUUUCAUUAACAAGCUAUUUGUUCAUAUUGACUACGCUAGAUGGCGCCGGUGUCGUGCUUAUUAAAUUCUGUUUUUCAAUAUCGAAUGAUGUUUUUAAUUGUUGUACGAAUUUUGAUGUAAAUUUUAACAGUUGUUUUUCUUGUUGUUGUUGUUGUGGAUGAUGAUGAAUUAAUUUUCUUUUCAUUUGUAUUUUCGGUAUUUUUAUCUUUAUUUCAAUCUUUUCAGACAACGAACGUGAUAAUGAACGUUGUGGUAAUAAUGAUGUUGAUAAUUCUUGUAUAUCAAAUAAUGAUUUUUCAUUUCGUUGUUGUUUAUCAAUAUCAUCGA